AUGGAAAUGGAUACACCUCUCCUCCGUCCCUCAACCGCAACCUCUACACAGACCUCCUCGACUUAUUCUUCCACCACCAGCUCCACCCACCGUAGCUUCAAUUUCAGCCGGAACAGACCCCUCUCCACAUCAAACUCAUACGCUUCAUCACACACCCUCUCAUCUCAUACCUGUUCUCCUCCCCGUCCCAACUCCUCAAGUACCCUCUCACGCACACGAUCUCUCUGCGCGAAACUCAACACCGAAGUGCAGUUUAUGAAAAUGAAGUUGUCGACGCGGGGAAAGAAGGAGAAGAUGAAGGGGAAUGGGAGAUGGGUUAGGGUCGAAGGGGAGGGAGAGAGUGAGAGGAGAGUGGAGAUGGUGUGGAGGAGGGUGGAUGGGGGGCAGGGGAUGAUUCCUUAUGGGGGGGUGGGGAGGGAGAGAUUUGAAUGA